CUAUGUCAGAUUACUCUUUGCCCACGAAAAUCCUAAGAAAAUUCGCUGAAACGACGAAAGCAAAUUUAUCCCAUAAAUUAGCUGUCAAAUUAUUCGCAUUCUGUUCAGUUCCUUCUGUCUAAAAACUUCAUCACUAUUUUGUUUAAGCAAAGUUUUAAGAGAGCAAAUAACUAUAUUGCACAUAAUCUAAAAAUUUUAUAAAAUAAAAAUGGCUUUGCAACUAGCGCUACGCAACGCACCCAGAAUCAAUGCUGCAAAUAUCUUGAAGACAGGUCGUUUAACUUCGUUGAAGACCUAUGCCACCAUAGUUGGUGCUCAACGGACUGCUAUUGCAAACUCUUUAAAUAUAGCAAAGAGUGUAAAGCCAUUUACACGUACAAUUGCACUAAGUUCCCCCCGUUUGUCAGCGGCUGGUGGUAAUCACACUACAUUAUGGACUCUCGAAAGAGUAGUGUCAUUAGCUUUAUUAGGGGUUAUACCUGCCGCUUUCCUAGUGCCCUCGCAAACGCUAGAUGCUUUAAUGGCCGUAUCGUUGGUACUUCACUCUCACUGGGGUAUUGAAGCCAUGAUUACGGAUUACGUACGUCCUGCUAUUGUUGGCAAUGUUUUACCUAAAGUAUCUCAUGCUUCUCUCUUGUUAUUAUCCAUGGCUACUUUGGGAGGUCUUUUCUAUUUAAUUUAUAACGACAUUGGUAUCGCCAAGUCUGUUAAGAAAUUAUGGGCCGUAAAAGCUGCUUAAUUUAUUUAUGAAAAAUAAAAGUCUAAAUGAGGAGUCUGCCACCAAAUAACUAUUAAGCUAGAAAGUCUUUAUGUUAUGUAUACACGAAUGU